AUGGACAAAUGUUCAGUGGGAGGAAUAAAAUCGACUGAGCAGACUCCUGUCUUGUUAGGGAGUGUAGCUAUGGCAGCUAGUUUCAUGGAUGUAGGAAAUUCAUUUAUUGAUCACACUAGUCAUUUAGUUAAUAGAUAUAGAAACCCUUUGGAAGAAGAAGAUGAUGAUGUUGUAUUUAUUGAUUCUAUACAACCUCCCUUAGUUUCUGUACCAGCAAUAGCUGAUCAAAGAAACCUAUAUACAAUAUCAAAAAGGGAAACGCUACAAGGAAAUAGUUCCAUAAUUCUUCCUCCUUCAAGAGAUUUGACUUCUCAAAAGAGAAAUAUAAGUGAAACAAUUGUCAUUGAUGAUGAAGAGGAUGUAGAAGUAAAUCAUUUGCAAAAGCAAAAUUCUUCAAGUUUUAUUGAAUGGGGUCUUCGUAGAAUUAAAAACAGAACCAAAGAUUUGGAUUUCUCUACUUCCAGUCUUUCAAGAAGUAAGAACAAGAAUGGAGUAGAACCUUUUAAUCCUGGUAGAAUGAAUGUGGCAGGAGACCUUUUUCAGAAUGGAGGAUUUGCAACUCAUCAUAGUCCUGAUUUGUGGAUCUCCCAAUCAGCAUCAUUUCCCCGUAAUCAGAAACAACCAGGGGUGGAUUCUUUAUCACCAGUGGCCUUACUUCCUAAGCAGAUAUUCCAGGCUUCUCUCCAACAACAACUUAGUAAGCCAGCUAAAAUCACUUGUGCAUACUGCAGAAAACCUUUACAGAAGGGACAGACAGCUUAUCAACGAAAAGGAUCAGCUCACCUCUUUUGUUCUACCACCUGCCUUUCUUCCUUCUCUAAUAAGCGUGCUUCAAAGAAACGCAAUGCAAUGUGUAAAAAAGAUGCACCUACAGAAAAGACUAUUGAUGUUCCUCAAGUGGAUUCGAGCAAAUCCUCCCAAGAAUUUUAUAAUACAUCAUCUUUCUCUCCCUAUGAGGACAAACAGAUUCUUAGAAAAAGAGUUCUGAAUAAAUCAAGAUGUACAAUCUGUAAUAAGCUAACAGAGAUUCGCCAUGAAGUCGGCAUUGAUAAUAUAACUCAUAAACUCUGCAGUAACCAUUGCUUUAAUAAGUACAGAUUGGCCAAUGGCCUAAUAAUGAAUUGUUGUGAACAGUGUGGCGAGUACAUGCCCAGUAAAAGUGCUGGAAACAGUGACUUGAUGAUUGAAGGUCAGCAGAAAAGAUUUUGCUGCCAAAGUUGUGUUAGCCAAUAUAAACAGAUGCUGGAAACAAAAGCAAAAAAAUUAUCAUCAGAAAACAGAAAAAGAAAUGCUGUUAGAGAAAAAAAUGAAAGACUAUUAUAUGGAUCUUUGAAUACACUUUUGGAAAAAAUUGAAGUAAUAUCGGAUAAAAAAGAAAAGACUUCAGAGCUACAGGUUUCAGUAGCAUCUAGUACAAGUACAUCACUGAAAAAGGAUAGGAAUUUACCAUCUUCCUCCAUGUCAACCAUAGAUGAUAAUUUUCAAGAGGAAAUGGAAGAGAAAAUAUCAGAAGACUCAGCUAUACCAGUUGUACUGUCUACAGAUCCAGGUACAUGGCCCCGCAUUUUGAAUAUUAAACAGUGGGACACUCUUGUUAAAAAUGAUCCACCUCAAAUAAGAAAUUUUAACUUUCCAAAAGACAAUACAGGGAGGAAGUUUUCAGAAACAUACUAUACACGAAUUCUUCCAAAUGGUGAAAAAACCACUCGAUCCUGGUUACUUUACUCUACCUCAAAAGAUUCCGUGUUUUGUCUAUAUUGCAAACUCUUUGGGGAAGGAAAAAAUCAACUGAAGAAUGAGAAUGGGUGCAAAGAUUGGCAGCAUUUAUCACAUAUUCUCAGUAAACAUGAAGAAAGUGAAAUGCACAUUAAUAAUAGUGUUAAGUAUUCAAAACUAAAGUCUGAUUUAAAAAGAAAUCAAACUAUGGAAGCUGCAGAACAGAGAUUCUAUAAAGAUGAGAAAAAUGAUGAUGUGCUACUGUUGUACACAUAA